AUGAAGCAAGGGGGCGGCGCUAUCGACACAGCGCUGUCCAGGCUCAUGGUGUCCGUGCCCAGCCUGUUCGAGACGAGGAGCUCCGUCAGCUUCGGUCACUCGCCGUACGGUGCCGCUGCGUUCAACCCAGUUCGCCCGAACAAAGCCAAGCAGGGACGUAAAACGUGGCUCACCGUCGCUGCCCAGAAGCUGGCGGAGAGCACUCUAUGGAAGCUCGCGAUCAUCACGACUGCCGUGUCGUGCGUCUUUGCGGACUUCAUCGCCGCGCACGCGUCGGGCGGCGCCCCCACGGCCCUGACCAGCUCUCGCGGCUCCUGGCUCACGCUCGGGGCGGCAGCGCUGCUCGCGGCCGACGGAGCCGUGACGUACGGCGUCACGCGUGAACUCCAGGGCUUCGUCGCAGGCACGGCGUACGCCGUGGACGCCCUGGGCUCGGCCGCGCCCGCCAUCAUGCUGGUCUACAAGGCCGUCCUCGUGGACCACCACGCUUAUUUACACCCGCAGAUAGGCCUGGAAGUCUUCCAGCACCUCCAAGGCUGCUUCCUGCAGCGCGCGAUCGUCACGUCGCUCGUCCUCCAGCCGCUCGCGCUGUUCAAGAUCCUCGGGGUCUUCUGGCGGCGCGGCGCGAUCAAGGCGUCGCAGGACAGCACCGCGGCGCAGCGCACGAGCUCCGUGUUCGCGUCCCGGAUCCGCAGCAUGAUGCUAACCCUGGCCAGCCUCUCUCUCUUCCUCCUCGGGCUCGCGAACUGGGUGUACGCGCAGCAGAGCCACCUCGUCGGGAACAGGGAGGUCCCCACGCUCGUCGGCCACCUCGGCACCGUCGCGGCCGUCACGACGCGCAAGGAGGCCGCCUCGGCGCUCCGGGCGGUCACAGAGGACCUCCGUCGCACGCCGUGGCAGGUCAGGCGGCACGCCGUGGUGUACCUCGAGCUCGACGGGCACCGCGAGUACUUGCGCGGCGACUGCGGCGCCCCGGAGACCUGCCCGGCGGACGCCAGCGAGCACCACCUCGUGGUCAGCGCCGGCGGGCCUCGCCCCGCGGCGGUGGCGUUCGCGCGCGAGCCGUUCUUCCUGAGCUUCGCGCGGUGGUCGGCGAUCCGCAAGGUCACGCUCGUGCUGACCGUGCUGGCGUGGUCGUUCGCGCUGUGGUACGUCACCGACUCGCUCGUGCUGGCUCCGCUGUGUGCGUUGCUCACCGACGUGACGCACGCGGCGUCGCAGCUGGACGAGUACGGCUUCGCGAAGAGCGCGCAGUCCCCGGAGGAGGCCCUGAGCCUCGAGGACGCCCUGCACCGCGUCAGCGAGAACGUGUGGCGCGCUGUCAAGAAGAGCAUGCGUGGCGCCGACGUCGUGGGCCGCGUCGCGCGGGAGGGCGAGGACGGCCUCACGGGGCUCGGGCUCGGGGAGUGGCGCGAGCUGUACGGCAGCGGGCACCGCCGGCACGGCCCGCGGCGGUCGAAGCAUGGCGGUGGGGCGCGCGUGUCGCGGGCAAGUGGGCGAUCGUCGACGGAGGGCGGGCCUGGGCAUACGGUCCCCCACCUGGUGCUGACGUCGUCGAACACGGACGUGGAGGUCGUCGAGGACCCCGAGCUGUACGCGGACCUCAUCGGCACGCGGGAGUGGAACUCUCUCGAGGUGCCCCCGGGGCUGCUGCCCAAAGCGCUGAUCAUCAUGUUCGCGCGGAUGGGCCUGGUGGCGCCGGACGGGGCGGCGAGCGACAUGCCGACGGAGGCCUCGCUGCAGGCGCUCAUCGAGCUCCUCGCGGACCAGUACGACGAGCACCCGUACCACAACUGGUUCCAUGCCGUCGACGUCUGCCACUCGUGCUUCCAGCUGCUCCUCGACUGCGAGAGGAGCGAGACGAUCGAGGCGCGGACGCAGUGGACGAGCGUGGAGAAGUUGUGCCUGCUGGUCGCGGCGCUGAGCCACGACCUGGGGCACGUCGGCGUGACGAACGACUUCCUGGUGCAAACGGGCCACCCGCUGGCCAUCACGUACAACGACAACUCCCCCCAGGAGAACGGGCACUGCGCGCGGCUGUUCCAGACCAUGGCGCGCAACGCGGAGGCCAACGUGUUCCGGAACCUGCGCGCCGCGGACCGCGUCUUCGCGCGCGAGACGAUCAUCUCGCUGAUCCAGGCCACGGACAUGAAGCACCACUUCAGCCUCACGAGCGAACUCGAGACCCUGGCAGAAGACCUCGCGCGCGCAGGCUCCGCGGGAAACCUCCCGGAGGGCCACCGCGAGCGGCGCCUGCUCCUCCGGUCGCUGCUCCACGCCGCCGACGUGGCCUACCUCGCCAGGGCGCAGGGCUGCGUGCUGGAGUGGACCUCUCGCAUCGUCACGGAGUUCUUCCUCCAGGGCGACAAGGAGCGCUCGGCGGGGUCGCAGCCCGCGGCGGUGAUGGACCGGACGAAGGAGUACGUUCCGCAGGGGCAGCUCGGGUUCCUGGACGCCGUCAUCCGCCCUUAUUUCUGCGCCCUUGUGCACGUCGCGCCCUGGCACGGGUGGCUGGUUGACGGCCUGCGGUGUACGUAUCGCACGUGGCUGCUAGUAAUUCGGCAGCACCAGGCGGCGCUGGCCGGGUGCGAAGACGUGGAGGCCACGUCCGUCGCGCGCCGUCCCGCGGUGACGCCGGCCAGCAACGGAAACGGCGCGCCCGUCAGCCAGAAGCGCGUCGAGGUCAGUCCCAUUCCGGCGUUGGCGCGCGCCGUUGCCAAGGACUUCUCGAUCCACGCGAAGGAGUUCGCGGAGACGGCGGCGUACGAGUGCGUGGCGCAGCCGCUCGACGACGACGCGCCGGACCUCCUCGCGCUCGUCGACCAGGGGGACGCGGAGGCCCGCCGCACACAGGAGGAGUGGUCGUUCCCCGAGGUGGCCCUUCCGCGGACGCCGGCGCGGACGCCGCGCUCCUCGCUCUUGCCGUCGGUGUCGUCCGGGCCGCUGGAGGGCGUCGCCGCGCCACGGGAGUCGACUGGGGAUGCGCAGAACCCCGGGCAGGACGCUGUCGAUGCGGUUGCGCCGUGGGAGAAGAGUGUGCUGCGCAAGCAGGCGCUGGUGUUCCUCCCGACGUCGACGAUCCCGGCGCAAGUGCUGACGAUGGACACGAACAAGCAGUACACGGUGAUGGUGCAGCGGCUCAUCACGACGGCGUGGCGGCCGGGGGCCGCGGCCACGCCAAGGCUGCCAACGCCGCGCCAGGCAGCCCCUACGGCCUGA